AUGGCUGCGCAGAGUGGACCCGUGUUGCACGGCGACGACAUGAAGAUAAUGAACUCUGGACUGGAAGACGACACCCAAGAUCAGACCAGGUCGAAUGGUUCUACCCCCACGCCGACUGGAAUCGCAACACCUGAACCUGAUCCGGUCGACAAGCGUCUGCCUUCCAUUAUGCACAACUACUUCCAGGUUGGUUCUUUCUCCGGUGAUAAAGCGAGUCUGCCGCGGUUAUGGUCAUGUCUGUCGAAACCCUCUGUGGACCUUCAAUCAAAUGCGCGUACCCAACACUCCUCCGAUUCCUCCGAGUCUUUUGUCAUGAUGGAGCAGGAAGAUGGGUCUGAUAAGAUGGAGGAACAUCCCAGUCUGCAUACCCCUCCACAUUCCUUGUUACAGCACGAGUCGGAUGAGAUGGAACUCGGGACGAGUCCAGGAGUGUCCUCUAUCUUUACAACGCUGAAGAAUUACCUCAUUUCACCCACACAAACUCCUCCAGAAGACCCUCCUUCCCGCCGUCAAACCUCCCUCCCAGUAUCCAGCGUCUCUGACGACCCCGUUCUUGCCACACAUUUUUCCAAUCCAUCCCUCCCUCCUGUAUCAGAUGCCUUUUCCCUGACUGAAGCUCCCCUCCUCGACCAUGAGAAACCGCAUGUCUCAAUAUCUUCUGAGAACCUAGCCAAGCUAACUGAAAACGUGCCCGAUGGGUCGCGUCUUAAGAAUACCCCACCUCUUACUCCCCGGGCCAUGUCCAACGAGGUCCCAGCCGCCCAGGAAAAGAACGCCACUUCCGCCCCGCGAGAGAGCACACAAGAGACCCCACAGUCUGAGUCAAAGCCGGAAGACAUGGAAAGCUCCACGGACGAGAUCACUAUGAAACUCGAUGAAGCAUUCCCACCCCAGUGCCAGUCUGAGGCUGCGCCUGCGUCUGCAACAUCAACAUCCCCGGCCAACGGCGCGCCCACGGGCCCGAUCAAUGGUAAACUGUUUGUUAAGAUCACCGAUGGUCGAGGACUGCGGCCGAGUUUCGAUCCGUAUGUGGUGUGUGUAUUUGAAUGGAAUGAGUACAUCUCCAAAGGCACUCGCGACGGCGAGGAGGAAAAGAAACGGCGCCAGCAGGAGUCAGAUGCCGAGGAGGCUGCUGGUCGGCCCAUGGCCAUUCCGUUGAAGACUCGAUCUAGCUCCCACAACAGUGCUGUCGAGGGUGAUCACAAGGGGCGGAUGCCCGUGACAGACCCGCACUGGGAUCAUGAGGCCACCUUUGAUGUUAUGGGAGAUCAGUCGGAACUUGAUGUCACAGUCUAUGACCGCAACAACCAGGAAGCUUUCUUAGGUCACGUACGCCUCUGCGUCAACCUCAAGGAAGAUCACAGCCGACUAGAAGGCUGGUUCCCCUUGGUCGCGCGCGGUGCUGGCGACAACCAAGUGUCUGGAGAAAUUCACCUCGAUAUGAAAUUCGAAAAGACAGAUCGACAACAGGUCGGACCGAAUGACUUCCUCGUCCUAAAACUCAUCGGCAAAGGGACUUUCGGGCAGGUCUAUCAGGUCAAGAAGAAGGACACACAGCGUAUCUAUGCGAUGAAGGUGCUCUCUAAGAAGUACGCACCGCGAUGA